CAACCAUGACUGCAGUCACAGAAUUAACUACCACUGGUGUAACAGAAUCAAUUACAACUGGAGGAACACAAUCAACUUCAACUGGAGCAACAGAAUCAACUACAACUGGAGCACCACAAUCAACCAUAUCUGGUGCAACACAGUCAACUACAACUGGGGCAACUACAACUGGAGCAACACAAUCAACUACAACUGGAGCACCACAAUCAACCAUAUCUGGUGCAACACAGCCAACCACAGCCAUAGUAACUGAAUCAACCACAGAUUCAACCUCAACUGGAGUUACACAGUCAACCAUAACGGGAGCAACACAAUUAACUACCACUGAUGCAACAGAAUCAAUUACAACUGCUGCAACACAAUCAUCUUCAACUGAAGGAACAGAAUCAACUACAACUGCUGCAACACAAUCAUCUUCAACUGAAGGAACAGAAUCAACUACAACUGCUGCAACACAAUCAUCUUCAACUGAAAGAACAGAAUUAACUACAACUGCUGCAACACAAUCAUCUUCAACUGAAGGAACAGAAUCAACUACAACUGCUGCAACACAAUCAUCUUCAACUGAAGGAACAGAAUCAACUACAACUGCUGCAACACAAUCAUCUUCAACUGAAGGAACAGAAUCAACUACAUUUGUUGUGACACAAUCAACUACAACUGGGGCAACUACAACUGGAGCAACACAGUCGACCAUAACUACAGCAACAGAAUCUAUUUCAACUGGAGCACCACUUUCAACUACAGGUGAUGCAACAGAAUCCACAUCAACUGGAGCACCACAGUCAACCAUAUCUGGUGCAACACAAUCAACUAUAACUGGAGGAACACAAUCAACUUCAACUGGAGUUACACAGUCAACCAUAACUACAGCAACAGAAUCUACUUCAACUGGAGUGCCAAUUUCAACUACAGGUGAUGCAACAGAAUCAACAGCAACUGGAGCACCACAAUCAACCAUAUCUGGUGCAACACAGUCAACCACAACCGUGACGGAAUCAACUACAGAUUCAACCUCAACUGGAGUUUUACAGUCAACCAUAACUGGAGCGACACAAUUAACUACCACUGAUGUAACAGAAUCAGUUACAACUGCUGCAACACAAUCAUCUUCAACUGAAGCAUCAGAAUCAACUACAACUGCUGCAACACAAUCAUCUUCAACUGAAGCAACAGAAUCAACUACAUUUGUUUUGACACAAUCAACUACAACUGGGGCAACUACAACGGGAGCAACACAGUCUACCGUAACUACAGCAACAGAAUCUAUUUCAACUGGAGCACUAUUUUCAAUUAUAGGUGAUGCAACAGAAUCCACAUCAACUGGAGCACCACAGUCAACCAUAACAACUGGAGCAACACAGUCGACCAUAACUACAGCAACAGAAUCUAUUUCAACUGGAGCACCACUUUCAACUACAGGUGAUGCAACAGAAUCCACAUCAACUGGAGCACCACAGUCAACCAUAUCUGGUGCAACACAAUCAACUACAACCGAAGUGACGGAAUCAACUACAGAUUCAACCUCAACUGGAGUGACACAGUCAACCACAACCGUAGUGACGGAAUCAACUACAGAUUCAACCUCAACUGGAGUUUCACAGUCAACCAUAACUGGAGCGACACAAUUAACUACCACUGAUGUAACAGAAUCAGUUUCAACUGCUGCAACACAAUCAUCUUCAACUGAAGGAACAGAAUUAACUACAACUGCUGCAACACAAUCAUCUUCAACUGAAGCAACAGAAUCAACUACAUUUGUUUUGACACAAACAAAUACAACUGGGGCAACUACAACGGGAGCAACACAAAUCCACAUCAACUGGAGCACCACAGUCAACCAUAUCUGGUGCAACACAAUCAACUACAACUGGAGGAACACAAUCAACUUCAACUGGAGUUACACAGUCAACCAUAACUACAGCAACAGAAUCUACUUCAACUGGAGUGCCAAUUUCAACUACAGGUGA